UUUUGCUGCAUGUGCCCCUCUCCUGCUGCUCUCCACUUUCCAUCUUUUCCUUCUCUUUCCAUUUUCUUUUUUUUUUUUUUUGUGUUUUUCUCUUCAUUUCUUUUGGGACUUCAAAAUUUUCCUCCCUUUACUACAACCUCGUGAUUUGUGUUGAUUCUAGGAGAUUCAACGGUGGUACUGCUUUUUUCCCUCCUCCAAGAACAAGAAUAUAUUCAUUUACUGUACAAUUUACCUUGUAACUCAAGGAUCGGGAAACUUCUUGGCGGGAUUUUUUUGGAGAUAAUUGUUGGGGACUCAGGUUCAUGUUAGAAAUGGUCGCUCAAUCAUGGCUCCGUAGUUUGUGGACGACUUCAAAGAAGCAUGAGUUGCGUGUGCAGAAGGCACAGAUUGCUGUUUUGGCUUUUGAAGCUGCGAGUUUGAUGACUAAACUACUGCACCUGUGGCAAUCAUUAACCGAUAAGCAGGUUGCUAAAUUGAGAGAGGAGAUAACGAAUUCAGUGGGUGUUAAGAAGCUUGUGUCAGAGGAUGAUGAUUACAUUGGGAGGUUGAUAUGCGAGGAAAUUACAGAAAACUUAGCGCAUGUGGCAAGAGCGGUGGCCAGGCUAUCCAAGAAAUGCAGUGAUCCCCUCUUGAAGAGUUUUGAGCGAGCAUUUAAUGAUUUAAUUAAGAUUGGGGCUGACCCAUAUGGUUGGCAGUUCUCAUGGAAAAAAAUGGAAAGGAAAGUCAAGAAGAUGGAACGGUUUAUUGUUACCAAUACUAAUUUGUAUCAAGAGAUGGAGACACUUGCAGAUCUUGAACAGACUUUGAAGAGAAUGAAGGGUAAUGACAAUGCAGAUAGCAUCACGAUGGUUGAAUAUGAAAAGAAGGUUGCAUGGAAGCAGCAAGAGGUGAAGCAUCUCAAGGAGAAUUCUCUUUGGAAUCGUACUUACGAUUACACAAUCCUUCUUUUGGCAAGAUCUGUAUUUACUAUAUAUGGCAGGAUUGGACAUGUUUUUGGAAUUAGUAAUGUUGCUGACGUGGGGGUUAAAGAUUCUAGAGUCACAGAUAUUCACAGUAACCGACGUAGCCACUCAACUGUCUUCAUGCAAUCAUCAGUUUACCCAACGGAGAAUUGCGUCCCUAGGUUCUCUACAGGCGUAUCAGGGAAGUCCAUCUCUGUAUCUGGCCCGCUCUUGAGAACAAAUAAUUUAGGAAAUUUCCACUCAGGCCCUCUUGGGAACUCAAUGACCACGUCUAGUCCGAUUUCCGGAAAAUACAAUGGUGUUAGUUUCCACUCGGGUCCCCUAGGGAGAUCGACAUCCAAGUCUCUCCCUAUUCCAAAAGCAAGCAAAACCAGCUUCAGAUUGUGGCAGUUCCGUCAUAAAUCUCAGGAUGCAAGAGAGAAAGUCCCUCAACGGGAACCCAAUGAAAUAACGGCAUCUGGACCUUUUACUGGAACCAUGACGAGUGGAAACAGUACGAGCUACUCAAAUUUUGGUGAUGUCUAUUCUGGAGUUCUUGAUGGAACUAAACACGUCAGUGUAAAACCACAUGCCAAUGGAAAUCUUUCUGUAGUUGCUUCUAAGAGCAAGCUGUUGAAUCCACCACCGGAAACCCUCGGUGCUGCCGCCUUAGCUCUUCACUAUGCAAAUGUAAUCAUUUUUAUCGAGAAAUUGGUGGCAUCUCCUCAUUUGAUUGGCAAUGAUGCGAGAGAUGAUCUUUACAAUAUGUUGCCAGCAAGCAUUAGAGCAGCCCUCAGGGCCAAACUGAAGCCUUAUUCGAAGAGCCUGACUGCAUCAGUUUAUGAUACAGCUCUUGCGGGAGAAUGGAAUGAGGCAAUGUCGGGAACGCUAGAAUGGUUAGCUCCACUUGCUCAUAACAUGAUAAGAUGGCAGUCUGAACGGAGUUUUGAACACCAGAGCUUGGUUUCUAGAACAAACGUGCUGCUUGUCCAAACACUCUACUUUGCGAAUCAGGAAAGGACAGAAGCAGCAAUAACUGAGCUUCUUGUUGGGCUGAACUAUAUAUGGAGAUUUGGUAGAGAAAUCAAUGCCAAAUCUCUUGUGGAAUGCGCCAGUGGCAGAACAUUCGAUGAAUACCUGGAUUGAAAGCAGAUGUCAAUUUCUAAUGUUCACCGUUUUGGGCAAAAGGAGCUUUGUUAAGGACCAAUAUUCCUUAUCUCUUCCGUUCAAGAAUUCUUAUCUGGUAAACAGUUCAAUCACCGGUCUUGUUCACAAGGCUUCUUGAAAUACAUGUUUACCAGCAGUGGUUGAACACUUGGUGAUGGCAUCCGUAGCAUUCCAAUUUGUUAAUUCUUUGAAGAGAAAUGUGGAUCAAAACAAUCUUUCUGGUCCAUCCAUGUUGACACCAUUCCCUCAGAUCACAGAUUCUGAAUCCGAAGCUUAUGACCCAAAACCAUGUUAUGUGUUUAUCUAGUGUGUUUGCAGCCAUUGUAUAGCCAUUGCGCGCACGUAAAUUGUAGUGUGUGGUUGACCUUAUAAAGGAUAUCCUUAACAUAAGGUGGGUGUUGGAAAUGAGGAGUUUCUAGUCAAGCUUGCUCUUCUCAGUUUCAUAUGUUAUUAAACAUCGCACCACUGGAUACAAAAGAGAUGUGAUGGUGCUUGCUGUUUGGCCUAAGAGUUUAAUAUGAUUGCCUAGAUUUUCAUGCUUGCCACUUCUCAAGAAAGGAGAUUAUACGUAAUUUUAACCUUUUAGCUUGUUAAUACUGUGUCCUGUCUAUUGAUCAGUCUGAUGCAUGCUUUCCAGCACUGUUUUCUUCUCAAGGUUUUUGGAUCAUCAAAUGUGAUCUCUUCCCUGAGCAUAGAAUAAGGUGGCGGAGGUUCCUUCAGGUUCCGGCUGCUAUUAUUUGCAUUAAU